GUCUUUGGCACGAGCCAGGUCACGACAGGCGCUGGCGGCGAUCUCCAACAGGUGGAGCGCAUGGCUCGAGCCAUGGUCACACAGUUCGGCAUGUCGGAGGUGGGUUCUCUGGCCAUCGACGACGGCGGCUUUAUGGGCCCAGACUACUCAGAGGAGUUGAGCUCGAAGAUUGACAAUGCCAUCAAGGAAAUCUCGGAUGAUUGCUAUUUGAAUGCGCUGAACAUCCUGAUGACCAACCGGGCUUGCCUGGACCGGGUGGCCGAUGAGCUCACCGAGACGGAGACCAUGCCCGGCGACCGCCUCCGGGAGAUCAUUGCCGAGUACGUGGAGAUUCCCAGCAAGCUUGCCGCCGUGUGA